AUGUAUGAUUCUCAUUUUAACAUUGACAACACAAGGGACAUUCGUCUUGAUUAUGCUCUUUUCACACCUCCUACCGUGUUGGUGAUUGAUGGUUAUGAUAACCUUUUUUAUGCUGUUGUGGAUGCUGUUUAUUCAGCAUUGGAAAAAGUAGGUGGAAGUUACAGCACACUUGGUUCAAUUCAACAUGUGAAGAGAAGGACACCAAAAAGGCUUGGAAAAUUUGUGAAAUUUCUUUAA